AUGGCCGAAUACCAGCUGCCAAAAAUUCGCCCUCUGGGCAAACUUGAAGAAAUCACGGCUGCUGCGCAUCACAUAGAAUUCUUCACCAAUUGCGCUUUUUCGGCUCACUACAGAGCCUCAAAACCCUUGCCCAAUUUUGGUCUUGAGCCUCUAGUCCUCGCGGCUCUAUCACAAGUCCUCCAUCAGCAUCCCAUCCUCUUUGCUGUCCCUGUUGUUCCAGAUACUGAGCAGUCUCACUGGGGUCGCCUUGCGUCAAUCGACUUGAGGCAGGUUUCUGAUAACGAGCUUGAUUCGCUACUUGAGAAUCAACACAACACCAGUUUCAAGACUGGAUAUGGCACACUGCCGGUGUGGCGGCUGAUCAUUCUUCAAGACUAUCGCUCAAAGGAUGGGUUUGUGGCCUCUUUCGUGUAUCACCACUCUAUGUGUGAUGGAGUAAGCUCUCAGAUCUUCCAAGAUGCAUUCCAAAGCGCUCUCUGUAAUAUCUCAUCGAGCUCGGUAGAGAUUCAGGCAGUUGAAGUCGUUUUUUCAGACGACAGUGCCAUCUCUUCGCCUCUGGAAGAUCUCCAUUCCCUCCCUCUCCCAGAGAACCCACUGGUGCCUGAUGCUGCCAAUUUGAAUGAGUGGAGAGGUAGUACAGUCAGUGUUCCUUGCAAGACGAGAUACAAAUCACUCUCGCUGGCACCAGAAGUCUUACGAUCCUUUGCACAAAAGUGUAAAAAGAACAAGACAACUGUCACAGCAGCGCUUCCGGCUCUUGUAGCCAAAGCACUGUAUGACAGUCUUCCAUCUACAACAGAGGCUUUGACAUGCAACCUACCAGUCAGUCUGCGUUCUGAUCUACCGCCGAAGCAGGUCGACAAUGUUCUGGGUAAUUUCAUUGAUGCUUUCAAGGUGCAACUACUUCGGUCGGACUUAGACCAGAGCUCAGAUGGCACUACUGCCAUUUGGAAACAUGCAAAGAAAGUUCAACAAGCUACCCGGCGGUACUUCACCAAUACUUCGCCUUCUGGAGAGCCAUAUGCUAAUGUGGCUGUCUUCAAACUCAUUCCAGAUAUCAAAGCAUUUCUGGCUAGCAAUGUUGGCAAUCCGAGAGGCGAGUCUUUCGAGAUUUCUAAUCUUGGUCAUUUCCUAGAGCUUGAAAAUCUCAAAGGCGAUGGUAAUCCGUUUUGGCGUCGGGGCAAGUUACUACUAAGUCGGUAUGGCUUCCGGGUAGCAGAUAUUUAA